GAAAAAUACGUAGUUGUCCUAUUUAUAAAGGAGGCAGGAACCAACAACUUAGGCAUUCAUGUUAGUAUUCAUCCCGAAAAGGGAAACUAACACCUCUAAAUGUACACAUAUAACUCAAAAUGUGUCUCAUCGCCUCUUCUUAGUUCCCCUACCCGGAAAAUGAAGUCAAAUCGUGUUCGAAAACACAUACAAGUUCGACUUCAUAGGUUUAACAGACGCAUCAAUGAAAAGAUGAAACAGGAGAUGGAGUUCAAAAACUUGAAGUUGUAUAUGGAGAACAUGAACAUCUUGAAAGAAAACGCAGAACUGUGGAAGAAAGCAAUCCAACUCCGUGAAGAAAAUACUAUUUUACUGUCUAAGCUUGUGAAAAAUAUCAAGCCUUCGGGUUCGUGAUAGCAAAGGAGACACGAAACCUAAAUUUUCUCUAAUCUUAUUUGCUAAAUUGUUGUUUGUACUUUGUAGUGACUAUUUCAUCAAUUGCUAAUAUUGGCUUCUUACAUAAUAUCUAAUUAAUAAAACAAUUAUUAGUGUA